AUGUUGACAUUGCAGAGGAGAUUUCCUUCUGUAGUUGUAUUUUAUGAUCAUCUGGUAUCGCAGUUCCCAAUACCAGGGAGCCUCACAUGCUUGGAGGGAAGCUCGGAAAGUGCUGAAUGGAGGAUGGAUGGAAUUCCUGACCUGAUCAAGGUGCAAAGAGAGGAGAACAGUGGUUUGUUUGGUUCCAGACUUCCAGCGGUUAGAACUGUGGACAAGGGUGAUGAUUUGGUCAUUGUUCAACAAUGGACUGUUAGGAUGUUUCUUAUUGAUAUGUCAGAAAAUCCAGUAGGUGUUAAUGGAAUUGCCAUAUGA